AUGUUUAAAUCAAUUUUAAUACUUUUAUCAAGUACUUUGGCAUUAACAAAUGCAAUUGACUGUUCAGUAAAAGAACUUCAGCCGUAUAAUUUGGAAUUAAUUAAAGGUAUUCAUACAGUGUCAACAAUAAAAAAUACACCACCAUCAAAAACUAAUAUUACUUGGAAUUUUGGAAUAUGUGAAACAAUUAAUAAUAAUAAUAACAAUUUAAAAGAUUGUCCACAAAAUUCAGAUAUUUGUGGUAUAACUUCAAUAUUAUUAGAUAAUAAAGAACCAAUAGUAUCAGAAAUUUUUGGUUUUAAUUCAAAUAUUCAAAAAUCAUAUUCAACACUAGGUAAAAAUGGUGAAAAUGGAGUAAUUGUAAGUAUAAAGGGGGCUAAUUGGGGUGAUCAAUUAAUAAAUGCGGAAUUAAGUUUCAAUUGUGAUAAAAAAAUUGAUAAUUAUGAAAUAAAAUCAAAUGAAUGGAAUGGUGAAACUUUAAGAAUUGCAAUACUGUCAAAAGGUGCAUGUAUUACAAGUGAUAAAGAUAAAAAGAAAAAUAAUGACAAUAAAAACAAUGAUAAAGAUAACAACAAGAAGAAAAAUGACAAUGGAGAAUCAUGGGGUUGGUUUACUUGGAUUUUUAUCUUUUUAGUUUUAUUUUUAAGUAUUUAUAUUAUUGGUGGUGCUUGGUUUCAAUAUAAUAAAGGUAAUGCAAUUGAUUUUCAAAGUGCGCUUAAAGAAGUAAUUGAAAAUUUUAUUGAAUUAUUGAAAAGUUUACCAAGUUUUGUUAGGGAAAUUAUUGAAAAAUUUACUGGGAAUAGUAGUAAUAGAGGUGAUUACAGUGCAGUAUAA